UCAAGUGUAAGAACAAGCAAAAUGCACUCACCUAACAGUAACUUCUAGAGCUUUUUCUUUUUUUCCUAUUACCCACUUGCACAUUUGAGGAGGAUGUCAGAUGAGGACCCAAAUUAUAAAAAUAACGAAUGAAAAUUUGAGGAUUGGAACAGACUAAAACCAAAACAAUGAAAGAUAGGAUUAAAGAAUCAUCAUAAAAGACGUUUUGGUUUGCCUCGAUUUGCAAGUUUUGAAACUCUGAGAAAGACUUUGGCAGACACGUGGUAUUUGUCCCAUUCUCUCCUCCCACCCCCCUACACCCCCAUGAUGUCCCCAUUUCCUCUACUUGUCACUUUACUCUGUUAAGAGUCAAAAAUAAAGAGAAGACAACACAACACACCACAACAUAUAUAGUGGUGUCCUCCCCUUAUGCAUACACACCUCAUUCCACCCUUUGGAAAAGAAAGACAUCUUUAUUUGGUUUUCUUGUUUUUGGGGUUCUUGGAGAUUGAUUUGAGUUUGUGGGGUUAGUUGUUAAUUUAGGUGAGAUGGGGAAGAAAAGGGCUUUGCCCAAUUGGCUUCCUUCUGGUUGGAAGAUGGAGGUUAAAGCACGCAAGAAAGGAAAGAAAGAGAAGUGGUAUAGUGAUCCCUCAAAAGGAGUCAAAUUCUGCUCCAAGGCAGACGUUCUUCACUAUCUUAGCAGUGUUGACAGUAAUUGUUCUAAGAGUUCUAAUAUGAAGGAAUUGGAGGAGAAAGACACUGAAAAGUGUUCUACUGAGGCUGCAUCAGAAGAGUUGCCACCAGGAUGGAUUAAGGAAUUGAGGGCCAGGAAAAAGGGGCGUAAGAUCAGGAAAGAUCCGUAUUAUAUUGACCCUGUCAGCGGACAAACUUUCCGCUCUAUGAAGCAAGUUUCUCAGUUCCUUGAAACAAGAGAGUCAGGAAGGAUUGAAUCCAAGCCCGAUGAUCUAUGUUCUGGUACAUUAGAACUGGGAGAACCUUCCUCUUCUUUGCCUGUUGAAGCUGACAAGCAGAUAUCGCUAGACAGUGAUGCAUCCGACCAGGUAGCUAAUUCAAAUCAGAAGCUGAAGUUGGGUGCUGAGCAUAUUGGGCAUUCCAGUUGCGUAGAAGGUGGUAUGUCAUCCUUUGAAGGAGAUUCUGUACCAGAGAAUGCGGAAGAGAAGAAUGUUGGUAAAGUUGUCCCGAAUACCACAAGUGGAGAGCAUUACAAGAAGGAUGAUGGUAAAGUUGUCUCUGAUCCUGCAUGUGGAGAACAUCAAGAAAAGGAGGAUCAUGGUAAAGUUGUCUCGGAUCCUGCAAGUGGAGAACGUCAAGAGAAUGAGGAUGAUGGUAAAGUUGUUUCAGAUCCUGCAAGUGAAGAACAUCAAGAAAUGGUGGAUGAUGGUAAAGUUGUUUCAGAUCCUGUAAGUGGAGAAAAUCAGGAAAAGCAGUCACCAGGAGUGAAAAAGCAUGAAAUGGAAACAAAUCAGCGGAAAAGAAAACAGGGUGUGAACUUGCCUCGCAGAGCAUCAAAACGGCUUGCUGGUAUUAAAGCUGAUACAUCUCUUAAGCUCCAAGCAAAUAAUCAAAUCCAUCUAGCUACAGUGAGACAGGAGGGGAUGCAAGCCGCCACCACCGAUAACCCUGUGAAUUUUAUUAAUACCAGUAAGCAUGUUGCAACUGUGGUGACUGGUAUCACCAUCAGCAAGAAGGUAGAAACUGGGAGUCUGGCCAUUAAAAGGCAACAAGAUCUUGUUACUUCACCACAAAAGGAGCAAGAGAAGCCUUCUCCCGCUGAACCUGCAAAAACUUUCCUUGCCAGCCGUGAAGGUGAUAAGAAAGGUGAAACAGCUCUUGAGUCGUCUUUACAUGAUCUUUGGACGGAUCCUUGCAUAGAAUUUGCAAUAAAGACGCUAACUGGCACGAUUCCAGUGAUAAAUGAAAAGGAAGUGGGUGAGGUCCAAGGUUCUUGUCCAAGUACAGCUUCUGCUAAUACUCCUUCCUCUGUGGGCUUACCUUCUGAUGAAGUUUGGGAAGAUCCUUGCUUCAUGUUUGCAGUCAAGACUCUUACUGGUGAAAUACCAAUAGGGGACAACUUAUUCUCUCAGAAGAUAGUCCAGCAGCAAUGCACUUCAUCGCAAUUCCAAGGAAAUAAUGGCUUAGUAUUACCAAACAUCAGAUUUGAUGAGUUUGUCCAGGCCAAUCGUUCACAGUUGGGGGCACCAGAAAUGUCUUCGUACAAGCAACAGCCUGCAGUAGCCCCUAACGCAUGCCAGAAUCCUUGGUUCACAAAAUUUGGUUCUCAUCGACCUUCACCACUUUGUUGAGUGACCAAGAUCAUGGUAGAUUACAACCUAGCUUAGGAAGUUCAACCUAGCUUGUAGUACUAUCUUUAUUUCUAACUUAGCAUCAGGCUCAAAUUUCUAGGCAGCUAGAGCUGCAGUAAAAACUUAAAACUAUGAUGUAAAAAUGUUAAUCACAAACGGAUUGUUCGGUGUAAUUGUCGUUGUAAAACUCUAUGUUAGGCACCUUUUCAAUUUACUACAUAGAACAAAGGAGGAAAAGAAGAGCGCAUGGGUGAAAGGAAUGCAACCUUUUUGUGUUCA